GUGCGCAGAUUUCAAGUGUUUUUGAAUAUCACUGACAACACUUGCUCCGGCGUUGCCACCGGGUUGAUUAGAUAAAGUUGAGAAAUAAAUACCGAGCAUUCGUCUGGAACGGUCAUCAUUUGGUUCCGACAACCGCAGCAACCAGCAAAAUGGCAAUCAUUACCUACGUCUACCUCGUCGCCGCUUUCCUCAUCGCCGACUCCUUCCAGUCGGAAUUCCUCACUUGCAGCGGCCAACCGGCGCCCAAAAAUGUGAACAUCGUUGGGUGCAACAAACUCCCUUGCGACUUGAAGAGGGGCACCUUCGCUGACGCUGCCAUCGACUUCACCGUUCUUGCCAGCACGAAGACCCUGAGACCAGUAGUCGACGUUCAGAUCGGCAACGCGCACAGCCCGUACCCACUGCCCGAGCAGAACGCCUGCAAAAGUCUCGCCAACGGAGAAUGCCCCCUGGACAAGGGUGAGGUCGUCACCUACAAACUGAAGAUGCCCAUCGAGAAGAUCUACCCCAAGAUCUUCUUGACCAUCCAACUGUCGCUGGUCGACGAGCACAACAACCCCCAGGUCUGCUUGAAGAUCCCCGGCCAGGUCGUCGACUAAACGAAACGCCAACGGAAUUCGAUUUGACGAAAUGAAACGGACUAUUUCUUGUGUAUUACUGUUUUUACGAUUAAAUAUAUAUAGCAUAAAUUCAUAAACAA